CUUACUUUUGACAACUGUGGACAUCGACGUCGCGGUAUUUUAUUCGAAUUUAAAAUUUUAAAUCAUGAGUGAAAUAAUUACAGUUAAAGCGCCAGUUAACAUAGCUGUUAUUAAAUACUGGGGUAAACGCGACGAAAAUUUGAUACUGCCGUUAAAUGACUCGGUGAGUGGCACUUUAGACACUGAUGUUAUGUGUGCUAUGACUUCGGUAUGCGCUCGGCCAGAUAUAACGGAAAAUGAAAUCUGGUUGAACGGGAGUAGAACAACGUUCGAUAAUCCACGCCUGAAAAAAUGUUUGGGGGCUAUAAAGUCCCUAGCAGCUUCACAGAAGAGCGUGAGCGAUGAAUUUCUGACUUGGAACGUACGUAUUUGUUCUGAAAACAACUUUCCAACGGCCGCUGGCUUAGCGUCUUCGGCGGCCGGGUACGCCUGCUUGGUAUGUGCUCUGGCUAAACUGUAUAAAGUUACGGGAGACGUCAGUUCCAUCGCACGCCUGGGCUCGGGUAGCGCUUGUAGAAGUGUUUACGGCGGUUUCGUGCAAUGGAAAGCCGGCGUAAGGAGCGACGGAAGCGACUCCGUCGCCGUUCAAGUGGUCGACUCUAAGCACUGGCCUGAAAUGCGAGUUCUGAUUUUAGUAGUGGCUGACACGAAAAAGCAUGUAAGCUCGAAAAAAGGUAUGAAGAUCAGCGCGGAGACGUCAGAGUUGAUGCAGCAUAGAAUCAAACAUAGUGUUCCCCGAAGGACUGUGGAAAUAUGUGAUGCUAUCAGGGAGAGAGACUUCGAAACUUUCGCUGAAAUAACUAUGAAAGACAGCAACCAGAUGCAUGCGGUCGUCCAGGACUCGUAUCCACCUUCUGUAUACAUGACUGAUAUUUCUCACAGAAUCACAAGGAUGAUUCACACGUACAAUGACAUGCAAGGGUCACCGAAAGUGGCGUACACGUUUGAUGCAGGGCCAAAUGCCUGUCUGUAUUUAUUGGAGGAGAAUGUUCCGGAAGUGCUAUGUUUGGUCAAACAGAUGUUUCCUUCUAGCAGCAACAACUUUGUCACAGGGCUUCCGCUUCCGAAGAAGAUGCCCUCUAAAGUAGAUUUUCCCAUGGAACCUUUUGGGACAGAUUUAUUAAAAAAUGUUAUUUAUACAAAAAUAGGAGACGGGCCGCAGGUUGUAAAGGAUGACCACCUUCUAGAUCAACAGGGAAGACCAAAGAGAUAUGUUUAAUUUUUUUUAGAGGGAAUAAAUUUGGGAUGGGGCAGGGGAUUCACUUUUGUAUUACAGAGACAUUCAUUUAAAAAAUGUAUUCUUACAUUAAGGAAAUAGUAUUAGCGUUGAGGCAAAUUUUUAUUGGAUAAUAGAUUUAUAAUAUAUUUUAAUGAUUUUUGUAAGGUUAAACAUUUCAAAAUGGUGCUUUUGUAAUAUUUAUUUCUAUUUAAGACGUUAAAAAAUGGUUAAGGCUUAGGAUAUGAUGUAAAUCUUAAAUUAUUAUUCAUGAUUUACAUGAACACUUAUUGUGUUAUUGUGUAUCAUAAUUAUUAUGAAAUCAUUACUUGUUAUGGUAUAAAUGACUGGAAUUCUAAGGUGUAGGGGUAUAUAAGACUGUUUUAUGAUAAUAUUAAUAUAAGUGUAAUUUAU